GUAUCCUCUGACUUUAUGGGUGAAUCAGAUAAAAUAAAUGUAUAUUGUACAUUAAAGACUGAAACUAGGUCAACACUAUCACAGUACAGCCUCCUUUCCAGUGACAUAGAGGUUGCUCGUGCCCAGACACCCAAGGACAUUGCAGAACUUGCAGAUGAGAUUGGUCUUCUGCCUUCCGAGGUUGACAUGUAUGGCAAAAAGAAAGCAAAAGUGUCUCUGUCCGUGUUGCAGCGUCUUGCAUCACAGCAGGAUGGCCGCUAUGUUGUUGUUGCAGGCAUUACUCCAACCCCACUGGGAGAGGGGAAGAGCACAACCACCAUUGGUCUCGCUCAAGCUCUCGGUGCACAUCUAAAGAAGAAUGUGUUUGCGUGUGUCCGCCAACCUUCCCAGGGACCCACUUUCGGCAUCAAAGGAGGUGCUGCUGGUGGAGGCUACUCUCAGGUGAUUCCAAUGGACGAGUUCAACCUCCACCUGACUGGUGACAUCCAUGCAAUCACAGCAGCCAAUAACCUUCUAGCUGCCCAGAUUGAUGCCAGAAUGUUCCAUGAGUCCACACAAACAGAUCAGGCUCUCUACAACCGCCUUGUUCCUAAGCUGAAAACUGGGAGAGAGUUUUCCAAGAUCCAGCUGAAUCGCCUGAAGAAGCUGGGCAUUGUAGAAACCAACCCAGACAAACUGACAGAGGAGGAAAUAACAAAGUUUGUACGGCUGAAUAUUGAUCCAGCUACCAUCACAUGGCAGAGAGUCUUGGACACAAAUGACAGGUUCCUGCGUAAGAUAACAAUUGGCCAGAGUCCAACUGAGAAGGAUAAGACACGUGAAUGCCAGUUUGACAUCAGUGUGGCCAGUGAAUUAUGGCUGUUCUUUGGGCCCUGACCACCUCUCUGGGCG